AUGACAACUGUGCUCGAAACCUGCCGUAUUCCACCGCCAAAAGGCGCCGCCGCCGAGCUGUUGCUGCAGCUCUCCUUCUUCGACAUGAUGUGGCUGCAUUUCAAUACGACCCGCCGCCUCAUCUUCUACAAUCACCCAUGUUCAGAAGCUGAAUUCUUCAACACCAUUGUUCCAAACCUCAAACACUCUCUCUCAUUAACUCUCAAACAUCAUCUCCUUGUUGCCGCAAAUCUCCUCUACCCUCUCGACGCCGACAACUCAAAACCUGCUUUCCGUUACAUCUCCGGCGACUCCGUCUCCCUCACGAUAGCCGUUUCCGGCCUCGAUUUCGACGAGCUCGUCGCGAGUCAUGCUAGAGAAUCGGAUCAGUUCUAUGACCUCCUUCCUCGCACACCGAAAAUGUCCGAUGAAGGAAGUUACCAAAUUGUCCCUCUGAUCUCUCUGCAGGUGACUCUCUUUCCCGGCCGGGGAAUCUGCGUUGGUUUGAGCAAUCACCAUAGCCUCAGCGACGGGAGAUCAAUCUUAGGAUUCAUGAAGUGGACUCAGAUGGGUUGUAGAGCCCACACGCGCGCCGCCGCCCGCGCCGCCGCGAGCCGCAUGCCUCGAGCUUCCAGCCCAUGUCCGUGGAUCUUGGCAAUUGGUCUUUGA